AAACCCACGUGGGAAAUGAAGGAAGUGACGUAACAUAUUAACCCGGAAACCAGCACAAACAACAGCGUCGGCUAUCGCUUGCUUUGGGAUCUCAAGACACAUCUCUCGAAAAGCGCAGGAUCCCAGUGGGCAGAAUGGCCACAGACUGGUUGGGCAGUGUUGUGUCUAUAAACUGUGGUGUGACGUUGGGAGUUUAUCAGGGAGAGGUGUCAUCUGUCGAUCACGGCAGCCAAACCAUCUCGCUGAGACAACCCUAUCACAAUGGGGCCAGGUGUCCUGUUCCCGAGGUCACGUUCAGUGCCAUGGAUAUCAAGGAGUUGAAGUUCCUAGAUAUCCAGAACACAGUCCACAAGCCCACCGCGGGGCAGACUGCUGCAUCAGAACCCGGCUUUUUAUCAGCAGGAUGCCAUGCCCAGAGUAACAGAACCACUCGCUCUCAUGCAACAAGCAACACUGCUCAUUCCAGCACUGCUCCAAUCACCAUCCUACGCAGAGUGCCUACGGGUCCAUCUAACAGCAGAGGAACCGCACAGACCACACCAAGGAGAAGCAAUCUGAGGAACGGAGGUGCUGGAGGACCAGUGAGGACAAAGGAUGACGAGUGCUUUGGUGACGGGACUGAUGAGGACCUGGACACUGACUUUGACUUUGAGGGAAACCUGGCUCUGUUCGACAAGGCAGCUGUUUUUUCCCAGAUUGAUGGGAGCAGUAGCCACGGAAACAAAGCACAGCAUCACAGCACACAUGUCGAGCAGAAGCCUCUGUCCUAUCGGCACGAUGAGAAUAUUCUGGAGGGGAAGCCAGUCACAUACAGACAGAUAACAGUGCCCCAGCAUGGGGGUAAAGAGUACUGUACUGACUCCGGGCUGGUGGUUCCCAGCGUUCCCUAUGACCUUCACAAGCGUCUACUAGCGGCUGCAGAGCGCUGGGGUCUGACCCUUGAGCGCAGGCUGGAGACGAUAGGUGUUUGUUCCAGUCAGAUGGCUCUCACACUGCUGGGUGGGCCAAACAGGCUCACCCCCAAAAAUGUCCACCAGAGACCCACUGUGGUCCUUCUGUGCGGGCCCCAUAUCCAAGGAGCCCAAGGCAUCAGCUGCGGGAGACACCUGGCCAACCAUGAAGUGGAGGUCUUUUUGUUUCUGCCCAACUUCCUCAAGAUGCAGGAGGCCGUCACGAGUGAGGUCAGCCUCUUCAGCAGGACGAGCGGCAAGCAGGUGGCCAGUAUGAAAGACCUGCCUGUGAGCCCAGUCGAUCUGGUCAUCAAUUGUCUGGACUGCCAUGAGAACCCACUGCUGAGAGAGCAGGCUUGGUACCAGUCAGCUGCUGACUGGGCCAACCAGAACCGGGCUCCGGUCCUAAGUAUUGAUCCCCCGGUCAGCGAACAGCAUCAGACUGUGGAAGCAAAGUGGAUCCUCUCUUUAGGACUGCCACUACCAUCAUCAAAGAAAGACAGCAGAGUCUACCUCUGUGACAUUGGCAUCCCUAAGCAGGUUUACCAAGAAGUUGGCAUCAACUACCACUCACCCUUUGGAUGCAAAUUUGUUAUCCCUCUACACACAGCAUGACAGAGUAGGUACAUUUGGACACUAGGAGUGACACUAGGAAGGUCUGUUUAUCAUAGUAGGGCUAAGGCAUUAUGUAUGUGUAAAAGAUAUGACUGAAACUUUUUCACAGUUUUUGUACAACUUUUUAACACAUUUGGAAGCACCAUCUGAGAGACUGAACUGUGCGUGAGCUGUAGGCUCAUUCCCUCUGCAGUCACCCCAUGUUGCGUGAGACACCUCUUGUUUUUGAGAGGGGAAGGUUUCCUGUUCUUUGCUGUGUUUUGAUAAGGGCUCUGUGGAUGUGUUUACAAAAUGCUGACCACUAUGAGACUAUCUUUGACCUCUGACCCCGUGAUCAGUCAAAGCUGCAAGGACACGCUUCCUGUUUCCUCCUUUAGAUUGCAUACGGAGUCGGAUCCCGACCCCGUGACCUGGAGCACAGCUCAGCUCAGCCUAAAGCUGUGUGCCAAUGCAAAAAUGCCAUUCAUCGUUCACAGUUCAUGGUCUGUGUCUGUUGCAUUUCAUUUAUUUAUUUAUUUUUUUUGACGGGAAACGUGAUAUUAUAUAGAAUUUAUAUUUGUAUUUAUUUUUUUGAAUACAUCUCAGGAAUUGUUUAUGGGGAAACUUUAUAUUUUCAUUGAGAUUACUCUGAUAGCACUCUUUUUGCUUUUUGAAUUCAUAACCACUGAAAAAGAAAAGUGGUAGCAGACAUUCCUGGAGGAUUAUUUUAUUCAGUGUUUCUGAAGUUCUGCAGAAAUUUGUAGCACAAAUCCCACAUUAAUCUCCAGGGAUAGUGUCUAGAUGGAUGUAGGGAAAGGGAACCAGUAAGCAGUUUCCUUAUUGGCAUAGUAGAUUCAGCCACUUGAGUUAAAAUCAUCCGACAAACUGCUUCUCAUUUGGUCAAUUUUAGCAACUUUAGGUUUAGACUUUGCAUCAGUAAAAUGUCAUCUGUACUGGAACAAAGAAAGCAGCUUUGUUUUUAGGUCAAGGGCCAAGCACUUACCUCCUUGUGUCAUGAACUUCUUAUGUGACCCUGCAGAAUACAGAUCAGUGGGCUUUGUUGUUGUAGCACUUAACCUACUUAUUGAAACUUACGACAUUUUGUAUUUACUGAAACAUUUUUGUACUUUUGUACCUAUGGAAAUGUCUUGGCUUAUUUUGCCCAAAAAUAAUAUAGUGACAAUUGUUCCAAGAAAUUUUGAUUAACAAGAGACUUUUUCAAUUGACAGAUACAGCUCAGGGAAUUGUACCUCUUCAUCUCUUGAUACCUUGGCCAGAGCAGAAAUAGCCCUGAACAUGUUGUACAAAGCUGGCAGAGACGAGCUAAAUAGAUUGAAUCGGUUGACGCUUCUAAAAAAGUUCUAAGUAAAUGAGCUAAAUAUUCCUGUUAAUAUUUAAACAAGUAAGUUAGUCAAACAGUCACAGUGGCUGCAGUCUCAAAUGUUGACUUCUCUCUGUACUGUAGCAAAGACUAAAUCAUGCAAACCGUGGUCAUGGCUGUGAUGAAAUUGUGUUUUGAAACAUGCCCUGCACAUUUGGUUGCAGAUGAAUCUCAUCCUGAGAUUCACUGAAGUGAGAAGUUCAAAAAAAUAAGUCAAUAAAAAUAAAUUGCA